GCGCUCUCGUGGGAGUAUGUGGACGUGUGUGUGGACGUGUGUGCGUGCUGUGUGCUUGCUGGAGCUCGGGGCUGCAUACUGAGCUCAGCUGUUGAGUUGUGAAGAAAGGGAGGGGGUAGACCAGUGCGUGUGUGUUCGGGGAGGGAGGUGGGGAGGGAAAGAGGGAAACAACCCUCCAAGAUUAAUAGAGCUUGUUUGGCUUUUUUCCUUCCUUUCUUUUUCUGUAGAAACUCCCCUGCAAUAUUAAAAUGUUAAGGUGGAGAAAGGAUUUUUCGAUGAGCGAAUUUCUGGUGAAUAUUAGGGAGAAGGACAGAAAGUGAGGUUGGGGAAAAGAGGAAGAAUGAAGAGGCAGGUUUAAAAAAAAAAGGAUCAAGAAAUAGUGAACUGAGAGCGCAAGGACUCCCCAGCUCAGGGGGUGUGUGUAAGGGGGGUGGCCACGGAGCCCACGCCUAGCGCAAUGACGGGGAGAAGAUGGAGAGAGUGAAAAUGGAAGAAGAUGUGAAUAGUGGUGGUAGUAGUACGGACAUUUUCACCGUGAAAAGGAGAGGUUUCGUUCGGCUUGCACAUUAACGAGAGAUAUCUGGAUAAUUCCAGCUUCUGAUGACUAUAAAUGGCGAUUCUCUUCCAAGGUGCCUAUAUUAAAAAAAAAAAAAAUCAUUCCGUGUCAUCCCCCACGUCAGGCCUACUCGUGGGCGUGAGGCUGUACUUCCUCCGCCCCCUCCUAACGGAGUGAACCAUUCCCAGCUUUCUCUCUUUCCCUGUGUCUCUCUCACUCUCUCUCUCUCUCCAUCUCUCUCCUCCCUCUGCCUCCCCUCUCUACAAAGUAGUCUUCUGCUGCUGCUGGAACUUGUUGGCAAUGCCUAUUUUUCAGCUUUCCCCCGCGUUCUCCAAACUAACUAUUUAAAGAUCUGCAGUCGCAAAUGGUUUUACUAAAUGUAGGAUGGGACUUAAGUUGAACGGCAGAUACAUUUCACUGAUCCUCGCUGUGCAAAUAGCGUACCUGGUGCAAUCGGUGAGAGCUGCAGGGAAGUGCGAUGCGGUCUUUAAGGGGUUUUCCGACUGUUUGCUCAAGCUGGGCGAUAGCAUGGCCAACUACCCGCAGGGCCUGGACGACAAGACAAACAUCAAAACCGUCUGCGCCUCACAUCUCACCCAGGGUCCCUACCUACUCCUCCACAGACUCAGUCCCUCAUGCCCUCUUCCCCCCACCAACAUCAAUAAAACAAGAUGGGGAGAAAUUGUAAUAGUCCUAUGGGAGGCGCAAUUACUGCAGAAACACCGCAGGAGGUACAGGCUCGGCCCUUCUGGCAUCUCAAUAUUUUAUUUUUUGUAAAUUGAGAAAUCAAAAAAGUUCAGAUUGAAGCUCACUUCCAUCCCCCGCUACCAAACAUGGAGUGCUCACAAAUUAGGGAUUAGAGCAUGCAUAUUGGAAUCCAGACUUCUGACACAAAUAGAGAAUAUUUCAUAUAUGUACAUAUGUGCACACACAAAUACAUAUAUACAAAAAUAUGUUGUAUGUGUCUUUUAAUGAGGGAGGGGCUAUUUUAUGAUGGUGGAAUGAAAAUACAGACAGCAAUUUGAUGCAUUCAAGGCAAGUUGGCUGUCAGACCCCUAGAGUUAAAGAGAUGGAAGUGACCUAGGUCCUAAAGGAGUCAGUGCUCCAGUAAUCGAUCACGGGUUGGGAUUAUAUUUAGUUCCUAGAUCUAUUUUUGGUUUUCAAAGGAAAGGGGGAAAAAACGAAAAAGGAUAGACUUGAUUGGGGGAGGGGGGGAGGAGAGAGAAGUGGUUUAAGAAUUCAUGAAAGGUAUCCAGGAAGGACAGAUGAAGGGGAGAGAGAGUGAAAGCCCUCUGAAGACUUACACUGCCUGUGUCCCAAGAUAACCCAGUAUCUAUCUGGUUAUAGAUAGUUACCAGGAGGGUAACUAGCGGUUUCUAAACUUGAAAAGACAUAAUCGCUUCUGAUUAUCAGUUUUGGAGUCCGUAUCUAAAAUCUGUGGGAAGCUGGGAAAAUGACCUGCAUUAUUCCCCGUUUCCAUAAGUAGGGGUAUACUCUGGUUCAAGGCACACACGAACGGAAGGGUUGAGAAGCAAUAAGUCCAGAAAUACAACAAGGCUGAGGAGCAAAAGUGGGGGAGAACCGAAGGAGAGAAGAAGGAAAACAAAAUCUGAAAAAAAUAACAAAGAGGCAUAGAAAUCCAGGGAGGAAAAAAUGAAGUAAUAAAGGAGAGGCAGGGAGAGAGGUGGGAAAGAAGGUAAGGGGACGGAAAAGGAUAAACUGAAAGAGGAAAGGGUGGAGGGAAGAAGAGAGAAAAGAAGGAAAGGGGAAAGAGGAGUUCGAAAUGGAGGGGGGAUGAUCAAUGAAGGUAAGAAAGAGAAAAGAAAGGGAGACAAAGAAAAAAGGAGAAGGAAGGAGAAAGGGAAGGAGAGAGAAACAGGAGAGAGCGAGAGAACAGCAAGGACAACGAAAUACAAAAAGAGGCAGAGGGAGUUGAGGGGGAGGAGAGGAAAAAACCAUGGGAGAGAGACGAGCACAGAACAGGCAAGAGAGGCUGUGAGCCACACAUCUUGCGAGUUAAGAGGCAUUAAUAGGAGCCAGCUUGCAGGGCUUAGCAAUGUUUUCCUUGCUUUCCCCAAGGAAGACUAGCAAUCUGUUUGCCGAGGCCACGGUGCCAGCGCCUCGCGAUUGGUUUGGUCCUGACCUGCCCUACGCUGCAUUCUUUGAUAGACACAGCCCAGAAUUGAGUGGAGCUGGGUAGGGUGGAGUAAACCACCGCGCUUGCGACAAAGAAAAGAAGAUGCUGUGACUAUCGUGACAGUCCCAGGCGUCACGAUUUCUUUGUGCUUUUGCAACUAGACUGCGGAAGGUGGGAGUUAGAGAGGCGAGAGGGUGAGGGAUGCGGUGUUUCAAGAGCAAACUAGGUCUGGGUGAACGAAUGGACCGCUCCCAAAUGUGAGUUUCCCAAAGGCAAUGCGGAGUUUGGGGAAAAAUAGCAGUGAAGAUUGCUGGGGCCUGCUGUGGGGAGAGAAAAAUUUGACUGCGAGCUUGACCCGAGGCGCAGUGACUGGGGAUUGGUGUUGGAUCGGUUAAGCUAUUGAGCAGCCGCCGGGGGUGGAGAGCUGGGUGGUAGCAGUGGGCUCUCAGCUCAAGGUAUUGAAAGUGAACGUUCUCCCCUGCUUUGUUGUGCUUUGUUCCU